AUGAUUCCCAAUCUUACAUUACUGCUCGCCUACGCGGCGGCCUUUUCCUCAGCCAGCCCCAUCCAGCGCCGGGCCGUGACUGAGCUGAACGAAGAGGCCACCAAGGAAGCCCAGCAGCGCGACGGCACCGCCACUCGUGCCUUCUCCAACAUCCAGAUCCGAACCGCCGAUGGGAGGUGUCUCUUCGUCGACAAGCUCUCCGGCGACUUCCGCGCCAACCUGACGCCGAUCCAGGUCGCGCAGUGCGGGACCAAGGACGGCGAGGGAUGGGACGUCGUUACUGCUGGAAAGCACAACGACCAAGCUGGGUCGGCGCUCAUUGUGAGCAGCCUGACACAAGCUUGCUUCAACUUUGACCCCCGCCGACAGGCCGGGAACCAGGUCCUGCUCUUCUCUUGCGGAGGACGCGCGGAUGGCGGAGGCGGAGUGACGACUUCGCAGCUGUUCGAGUUCAACGGCGGCGGAGGUUCGAUAGAAUUCAAGCCUAAGAACGAGCAGGGGAAGUGUUUUACAGUCAAGGGAGACGUUGUGGAUGUGGCGGAUUGCAACACGGCCGACCAGAACCAGACUUUUGCUUUUGGAGACCCGGCCGGUGGCAAUGGGAACGGGGGCGAGAACGGUGCUCAGAAGCCUGAGCUGACAACCGCAGCGCCUGCAGCCACCGAUAUUCCUAAUGUCCCGGGUGGAUGUGGCGGUGAGGAUGUGACCAUCACCAUGACUGUUACGGCUACCGCCGACCGUGGCCAGGGCAACGGCGAGUUGCCUCUGGCUACUUUACAACCCGUGGUUUCAUCUCCUGUUGCUAAUGUGCCUGCUACUUCGUCUGCGCCGGCUGCCGGAAACGGUGGUGGUAACGGCGGCGGAAACGGCAACGGCAACGGCAACCUUCCCGCCGCAAACCCCACUACUCCCGUCCCCGUCUCCCGGGCCGGCGGCACUCUCAACCCGACCGCAGCGGCAGAAGCACACGCCUUUGACGACACAGCCACUCGCGAGUUCACAAAGGUCGCCAUCCGCGCGGCCAACGGUCAGUGUCUGUCGGUUAACCCCACGGCGGGCGACUUCCGCCAGAAUCUAAUUCCCGUGGCGCUGGCCGAGUGCAACGGCACGCCCAACCAGCAGUGGGACAUCGUGACAAAGGGGAAGCACAACGAUGGAAAGGAUGGGGCAGCGCUGGUUGUAAGCAGCUUGAUGAACGGAUGCGUCAGCACCGACGGGCGCAGGGCUGAUGGCGAUACCGUCACGAUGUUCUCGUGCGGUGGCCGCGCUGCCGGCGAGGGACUGACCAACACUGGCCAGCUGGUCAAGAUCCAGGGAAAUAACUUUGUUUGGACCCCUGUGAAUGACAAGGCUACUUGUGUUGUUCCUGGAAACGAGGGACGGCUUGUUACGGCGGCGUGUAGGGGGGAUAAUAGCGAGAGCUAUACCAUUAUUUCGUAG